UAAGUCAAGUUUGUAUCAACUGUCCGACAAUAUCUGAGAUUCUACUAAGCGUUCUAGUAUUAUAUUCAGACCACUAGGGUCUUUGUUUAAUUUGUUUUGCAGUUCUGUAUUUCUCUACUGAUUAUUCGAUCCAUCAGUUAGUAUUGACUUUCCCUGUAACCAUUAUCAACAACCAAAAAAAAAAGUUUGCUCGGACGAUGGAAAGCGGUUUCUCCUUGGCACAGAGAGAAGAAGGAAAUUACAAAAAUGAGAAAUCUGCAGGGAUAAUGAUGAAGAAAGUGAGCUACAUGGCUGCUCCAAUGGUGGCAGUAUCUGUUUCUACGUAUCUCCUUCAAGUUAUCUCCAUGGUUAUGGCCGGUCACUUAGACGAGCUCUCUCUCUCCAGCGUCGCCAUCGCCACUUCUCUUACCAACGUCACUGGCUUCAGCCUCCUCGUUGGGUUUUCAGGUGCGUUAGAGACAUUGUGUGGUCAAGCUUUUGGAGCAGAGCAAUACAGAAAGAUUGGUUCAUACACUUACAGCUCAAUGAUAUGUCUUGUCUUGAUUUGUUUCCCAAUCUCUCUUCUUUGGGUUAACAUGGACAAACUCUUGGAGCUUUUCCACCAAGAUCCUCUCAUCUCUGAGUUAGCUUGUAGAUACUCCAUCUGGCUCAUACCGGCUUUAUUCGGAUGCGCUCUUCUUCAGCCUAUGACUCGCUAUUUCCAGUCACAAGGAUUGGUUCUUCCUCUCUUCUUGAGCUCUUUUGGAGCUCUCUGUUUCCACAUUCCCUUUUGUUGGCUUCUUAUCUAUAAACUUAGAUAUGGAAUCGUUGGUGCCGCUUUGUCCAUCGGUGUUUCGCUUUGGUUAAACGUAGCUGUGCUUUGGGUUUUUAUGAGAGACUCUGCUCUGUAUCGUGAAACUAGGAAUCUUGAGCUGCAAGAAAUCUUCUCGAGCAUGAAGCAGUUCAUCUCUCUAGCGAUUCCCUCUGCAAUGAUGAUUUGCCUAGAAUGGUGGUCAUUUGAGCUUCUGUUACUAUUGUCUGGACUCUUACCCAACUCAAAACUCGAAACAUCGGUGAUGUCCAUAUGCCUCACAACUUCUGGUCUGCAUUACGUUUUAGUGGAUGCAAUAGGUGCAGCCGCAAGCACACAUGUCUCAAACGAGCUAGGAGCUGGAAACCCAAAGGCAGCUCGAGCAGCGGCCAAUGCUGCACUUUACCUUGGCGCUUUCGAUGCUUCCUUUGUAUGCAUCACUCUUUACAAUUAUCGAAAAACUUGGGCGUAUAUCUUUAGCAAUGAGGUAGAAGUCGCUCACUAUGUAACAAAAAUCACACCGAUUCUCUGCCUAUCAAUCUUUAUCUGCAGCUCUACGGCCGUGCUCUCAGGGAUUGCGAGAGGAGCAGGGUGGCAACGUAUAGCAGGAUAUGCAAGCAUAGGAUCAUAUUAUCUGGUUGGUAUACCUGUGGGUUCAAUCUUAUGUUUUGUUGCGAAAUUGAGAGGGAGAGGACUUUGGAUUGGUAUAUUGUUAGGCUGCUUUUCCCAAACGAUGGUUCUUGCUCUUGUCACUGUUUUCACCAAUUGGGAGCAAGAGGCAACGAAGGCGAGGGAUAGAGUAUUGGAGAUGACACCUAAAGGAAACCAAGAAACAGAAAUCAUAAAAGAGGAUGCGCAAGUUCUACUAAGCAAUAUUUCAGAAAAUGUGUAACCCCAUGUCCAUAUGUUUCUGAUUUACACAAGCGUCUGUGUUUCUAGUUCACAUAAGCAUGUGUUUAUGAAUCAAAUAAGAAUAAGGCUUCAAAUGUUUCCAAGCACACCACAGUUAAUAGUAACAAAAAUCUCUACAUAUACCUAUGUAUCUAUAUAUUUUUGUUAUUAUUAGUACCACAUUACAGUUGUUCUGCAAUUGUCCACAUUUUAUCAUUCGGAGCCUAUGUUUUUUGAAUUGACUAUUGACAAGAGUUGAACAAUGAACUGGAAUCUGGAACAAUAAAAUACUAUUAGACAACAAAUAUAUCGCAAACUGAAAUCAUAUUAUUCUGCUCAUAAAUGAUUUUCAUUUUGAUUACCUCGAAUCUUCCUUAUACGUACAUGUUCUAGACAACUAUAUAUUAUCUAUCGAGAGAAAGACAACAUUGACAUGGGGAAAUCCGAUGCCAUCUUCAAAAAUAGCCAAACUCAUUGACAGAAAUAUGACAAAUUGGCUUAUUUCACCUCGAGCAGCUGGAAGGUCGCAAAUACGAUAAGGGGUUGUGUGCGGUUCUCUUGUCAACCACCUGAUCUCGUGAGUCAUGACAACAUCAUCCAAAUCCAACCUUUCAUUUUUGGUUUUAAUUCUGUAUUCGUUGUAUUAUGUUUUUUUCUCCAAAAAAAAAAGUUUUCUUUCAGCUAAAUGAUGAAGAUAUUGUAAUUCGGCCACCCCAGUUUCCAUCUUUCUUUUUAGAGUUUACCACUCUUAAUUUCUCAAAAAAUUGAAUCUAAACCGUCAAAAUCGAAAGUCGUCACACUAGUAGUUUACAGAAUCUCCAUGAAACAAGAAUAAACUUAAAAACUGAAAAUCUGCUGCAUGAAAUUAGAAGAGUUUAAGUCAUAAUCUCAAUGUGCCUUUAUGAGAUUUCAUUGGCAAUGUAUUAUAUAACCCAACACAAAAAAAGCUUAAAUAAAUCGCGAAGAUUUUUUUUAAUAAUAUCUGUGAUUAAUUGAUCAUCACUUGGUUUAUUCGAUAGUGCAUGUUACAUUUAGCGGAAUUCUGAAGAUGGGUAAGUGUUUUUGUUUUGAAUUAAAAAAAAAAUUAGUUAAAAAUCAUUCAGUAAAUCAAGUAAUCAACUAGUCUCUAACCCUUCGUCUAGGCGUCUAUAUAUUAUAUUGGACGAGUAUCACAUAAUCAUCCAUGAUAUUAUUAUGAUACUUUCUAAAAAUCUCAGUGUCACAGUCACGGUAGUAUUUAGGAAAUUUCUUUGGCAUAUGGAUAAUGGUUGGACCUACCACGGAAAUUUAAGGAAUAUUUGUUACCCAUAUUUGACAAACCUUGUAUCCAAGCAUAACCAAAUCAUAUCUCCUCAACCUUACUCAACCCGAUGUCGAAAAUUCUUUUCCCUGCCAAGCAUCUCAGUAACAACCUUAACCCUUCCUAGAUCCAUCCAUAUCCGAAAAACUGUGUGAAAAGAAACUUCGAUUACAACCGUGCCGAUGACCGCCCCCCAAGCAUAACCAAAUCAUAUCUCCUGAACCUUACUCAACCCGAUGUCGAAAAUCCAUCCAUAUCCGAAAAACUGUGUGAAAGAAACUUCGAUUACAACCGUGCCGAUGAGACACAUUUUUUCCUAAAAAAACUUUGAGUAAUAAUUGACAAAAACCGAUUUUUACAUGUGUCUUUUUCAUAUUAGUGAAAUUAUUAUUUCAAUAUUUAAAUUUAAUCAUAAAUAAAUUAUAAUAAUAAAUUAAUAUAAAGAGAAUAACAAAUGCUUAAAGAACUGUCCAUAAGAGAAUUGGUGUUAAUAAUGCCCUUAGAGCACCACUAAUGGAUAUAUAAUUUCACAUAUAAUCUCUAAAUUAGUAUAACAAAUACUUAAAAAACUGUGCACAAGAGACUUGUGUUGAUGAUGCCCUUAGAGUACCAGCAAUGGAUAUAUAAUUUCACAUAUAGUCUCUAAAAUUUCAAAAAAAGUCUCUAAAUUAAUUUUUAUUGAUAUUUUAAUUGCACUAAGUGAGUUAAUAAAUUUUUUGUGUAAAUUAAAUUGAGCCAAUAAAAAUGGACAAGCGUAAAUACAGUCUCUACAAAAUAGUCUCUUUGCAGAGAAAUGAUUGUGGCAUUUUCUAUAAUCUCCUCCAACUUUUUCUUUGUUAAUUAUAUUUUUUGUUGAAAGACUUCCUUGAGAGAUCAUCACAUACUACUCAUCAAAAUCUUCUUCCUUGACUUUCUCAACUAUUUUCUGACAGUUGGCACUAUAUAUAGGAUCUGGUCCAUCUUGGGUUCUUAAUAAUUAAAUCAACCUGAUCUUUUGUAUUUAAAAACAGCUAUUGACAGUUUUAAGAUUUAAUAUAUAUAUAAAAUAUUUAAUAUAUAAAGUUAACACACCCGUGACCAUUUAACCCAAAAAACAACCAAACCAGAUUAGUUUUCCACAAGACAAUGCUGUUUUUUCUUCCAAAUCGUUGAUUUAUGGUCCAAUUUUGAUUCCUUUUGUAAACGUUUAUUUCAUUACAAGUUUGACAAGUAGAAAAAUUCCAAAGAUCGCGAUAUGAGCCUUGUUCAUUAAUUAUUAUUCUUUCCUGAAAAUCCUUGGUCAUUAAUUAUCAUGUCAAAUUUUUAUUGAAAGCCAAACCUUAAUAAGUCAAAAUCAUAUUGGCUUUCGCUACUAGACUCCACAUUUUCUAAAAGAAAAGAGAAGAAGAAAACACACAAUGGAAGAUCCGUUACUGGUAAAUUACAAGAAAGAACAAGAAGUAGAUAAGAUAAGAUGGGAGAAGUUGAAGAAAGUGGCAUCCAUGGCGGCUCCCAUGGUGGUCGUAAACAUAUCUCAAACCCUUCUUCAAGCCACUUCUACAAUGAUUGUCGGCCACAAAAGCGAGAUCUCUCUAGCUGGAAUUGCACUCGCCAGCGCCAGAUUAUCCUAUUUAAUCUCCUCUGAUUUAAUUUUAUUACAUACAAUUAUUUGAAUAACAGUCUGGACUAGCGAGCGCAUUAGAAACAUUGUGUGGUCAAGCCUUUGGAGCUCGUCAAUACGAGAAGCUCGGGUCAUAUACUUUCACUUCCAUUAUUUCUCUCCUCAUCAUAUGUUUCCCAAUCUCUCUUCUAUGGAUUUUCAUGAAGAAUCUUUUGUUAUUGUUUCAUCAAGACCCCGAAAUAGCAGAGAUAGCUUCUGUUUACUGCCUUUGGCUCAUACCAGCUUUAUUUGGUUACUCUGUACUUCAAUCUUUGAUUCGCUACUUCCAGACACAAAGCUUGAUUUUUCCUAUGGUUCUGUCUUCUUUAACGGUUCUGUGUUUCCACGUGCCGGUUUGUUGGAUUUUGGUUUACACUUUAGGGCUUGGAACCAAAGGUGCAGCUUUAUCUAUAAGCCUUUCGUAUUGGCUCAAUGCGGUUUUCCUCUGGUUUUUCAUGAGACGUUCUCAACUUUGCGAUGGCAAACGCGUUUUUAUAUCGAUGGAAGCGUUUGGUCACAUGAGGACGUUCUUCUCCUUAGCGGUUCCUUCUGCGUUGAUGAUUUGUCUUGAAUGGUCGGCUUUCGAAAUUUUGAUUCUUAUUUCCGGAGUUUUACCCAACUCAAAGCUGGAGACAUCUGUGAUUUCCAUGUGCGUGACAUCGUCUUCUUUGCACUACAAUCUAGCAACUGCGAUUGGUGCGGCCGCAAGCACAAAUGUGGCCAACGAACUAGGAGCUGGAAACCUAGUCGCAGCUAAAGCUUCUGCGUUUGUUGCAAUCAUGAUUGCAGCUGUUGAAUCUUCUUCCGUAAGCUUUGCUCUGUUCAUGUCAAGCAACGUUUGGGGCUACGCUUAUAGUAACGUCCCUGAAGUGAUUCACUACGCUGCAGAAAUAACACCGGUUCUCUGCAUUUCCAUUGUCAUGGACAGCUUGUCAGCCUCACUAACCGGGGUUGUGAGAGGAAGUGGUAAGCAGAAGAUUGGAGCUUAUGUGAAUAUCGCUGCGUUUUAUAUCAUCGGAGUUCCAGUAGGACUUCUUUUCUGUUUUAUACUUGACUUCAAAGUUAAAGGUCUCUGGAUUGGAGUUCUUACUGGAUGCACUGUGCAAACUAUCACCUUGUUUCUCAUUACUACAUUCACAAAAUGGACCAGUGAGGUAACUGAGGCCUCUAGCUCGACUGUUUAAUAUGCCAAUUAUUGCGGUUGUGUUCCCAUAAAAUUAUUUGUAAAGUCUCAGUUAGUACUUUUAUUUUUGAUUUUUUCUAUCAGUAACAUGCGAAUUUUUUAUUUGAAAAACAAAUAAAACAAUACAAAUAUAUUGUAACA